AUGACAUCCUCGUACUCGCGCGUCCCUACCACGGAUCCCACCGACCCAAACGCUCCAGGUCCCUCGGCUUCCUCGUCGCUCUCUUCGUCGCCCCUCCAGCAUGCCAUCGCCACGCUCCAUCCACACCUCAGCAACGACGACCAGCCGUACGAACUCGACGAAAAGGCGUCGUUUCUUCCAACCCACGCGCAUCCAUCACAUCGAUCGCAUCGUGCGCCGACUCCCACCAAGCGCGCGCACACACACGCCCUCCUCACCAAUGCAGCCGAAGUGGUGAAGCGCACAAAGACGUACGUCCUGCUCGGCGUGUGUGCGCUGCUCGCACUCUUGCUGCUGCUCGAUCGGUCCACGCCCUCGGCGCCUGUCGCAUCCACAUCAUCCGCGUCGGUCUCCACUUCAUCCAUGUCGACUGCGGCGCCACGCCUCGAGGACGACAUUGUGCUCAUCACCAAAGUGGGCUCCGCGACCGUGCACAGCCGGCUGCUCAUCCACCUUGCCGAGCAGCCGCUCUCGCACAUCUACGCGCCCAACCGGCUCUACGUCUCGGACGCCACGAUGCGCGUGGGUGACAUUGAGCUGUACGAUGCGCUCGCCAACGUGAGCGACACCAUCCGCAGCCUCGACGAGUUUAGCGAGCUGCGCGCACAGCUCACCACGCUCCACGACGGCAACCAGGACCUCGGGGCCAUGCACGACAAGGACGGAGGUUGGAAGCUCGACAAGUACAAGUUCCUGCCCAUGCUCGCCGAGGCCUGGCGUCGGUUUCCGCGCAAGCAGUGGUACGUCGUAGUCGAGGCGGACACCUUUGUGUUUUGGAACCAGCUCGUGCGCUGGCUGGGCACACUCGACUCGCGUCGUCAGCUCAUGCUGGGGCAUCCGACUUUCUGCGACUACGACGGCGAGUCGACCAUGUUUACGCACGGCGGAAGCGGGUUUGUGCUCUCCGGUGCGCUCGUGGCCCAGUCGUUUGGCAAAGACGCCGAGUUUGAGCAUCAUCACGAUGAGCUCAUCCAAAAGUCGGCAUUUGGAGACGCACUGCUUUCCAAGGCGAUUUAUGAUACGCCCGGGGUGACGCUCAAGGAGUUGUCGCCCGAUGGGAGGGAGAGGUUCAAUAGCGAUCCGCCGCGCGUGCUCAAGUUCCACCGCGGCAACUGGUGCGAACCUCUGCUCACGCUGCACCACGUCACCCCAGCCGACACUGCGCAUUUGUACCGUUUUGCCCGCCGCGUUGAUUCUCGCCUGGGUGAUGGCGAUUCGGUGCGAUGGGGUGAUAUCUGGGACGAAUUUCUGCCUGAUUUCCUCCGCGUGGCGUUGCUGCGCGGGGGGUCGGAUGGGGAUGAAGGCGGCAACGGCGUAUCGAUUUCCGGGUGGCAGGCUAUCGAGGACUGGGACAGCGAGACGACCGAUUUGGCUACCUUCUCGCCCGAGCAGUGCCAGAGCAUCUGUGCCACCAACGAAGGCUGCGUGCUGUGGCAGUGGCAAGACACGGAUUCGCACCGCAAGAGAGCAGGUGCCCCGGCCAAGGGCAAGUGCAGAUGGACCAAGGAGUUCCUAAGGAUUGGCAUUACUAAGCCGGAUGAACCCGCCAAGACGACGGGAUGGAUGCCCGCGAGGGUGAGGGAGUGGCAGACGGAGAACGCCUGUCCUGGACAUAGAUCGCUGUGGCAGCAGCAGGCGUCGUUGUCGGAGGAUUAG